AUGAAAGUGGCUAUCCUUAUCAGCAUGAUGGCAGUAGCUGUGGCGGUAGCGACGCCAGUGUCGCUCGACGAUUUUAAUGACAAGUGCAAGCCGGUAUACCGCGGAACACUAGUGCUCCAUGGAAACCAUCAGACACAUGGAACACAGGUACUGAGAAGCGAUCGAUAUGAACCAUUUGUGGUGAAGCAAGAUAAAGUGAAUCAUCACACAAAGUUCAGGUUCCUGGAAUGCGAGCAGGCAAAGAAAGGAGAGAAGAGCUAUGGAGUCCUGAUGGAAGAGAGUACAGGGGACUGCAUAUAUACAUCCACGAUCAAUGGAACGGAAGACGAACCAGCGUUGAUUAUGGGCAAAGUAUGCGCACCAGAAGACGAGUUUGCAGUGACGCGAGAAGGGAACGAGGCGAAAGUAUCGUUCGUGGGCGACGGGCAUAUAGAGUAUGGUGGAUGGACGUCCAAAAGGGCACAUGGAUACAAGUUUGAUACGAUCAGGGUAACAAAAGACAAGGAUACAUGGGUCGGACUUGAGGACGUAGAGGACUUGGCAUAA